AUGGAGCGCGGUCAAGCAGAUGGCGUUGCCUUGGGAGCCAGCUUGGAUGCAGAAGACCGGCAGAAGCUGCUGGAGGACAUGCAAGAAGUCAGUGCAGCACUGGCACGCAUGGCCCGUGAGACGAGUCCAGGUCCUCCGGCAGCAGGCCCAGAGGCUGGUAUUGGUCCAGUCCCGGAAGAGCUAGAGGGGGCUGGUCAAGAAGCGGAAGCACCCGCAGAGCCAGCAGAAGAAGCAGCAGAGCCAGAGGUCAAGCCUCGGUUGUUGGGCACGGCGCUCUUGGCAGAUGUUUGCCGUCGCCUUCGCCAGGCUGCUGAGCAGAUGUUCGAGACCGAGUUGACGGAGGAUGGACCCGGAGGCAAUGUUGCCUGGUAUCUCACCAGAGCCCUUGGCAGAGGGCUCAGCUGUGUCGUGUCCCCACUGCCACGCUUCGAGCUGAACGCGGUGGAUGCCACCGAAGGGACAGCGCUGCACUUUGCGUGCAGCCGAGAGCUGGGCAAUGCUGCCCUGGCCUUGCUGGCAUGUGGGGACUUUGACCUCUCUGUUCCAAAGGUUCGGGAGAGAGAUGGCAGCACAGCUCUGCAUCUGGCGGCAGCUAGCGGCCUUGAAGCUGUGGUGCAGGCUUUGGUGAACCGCGCCGACUUCGCAGAUUUCAUGGGCACCGUGGACAAAGCGCCUCGGAGAACAGAGGUCAUGCCGAGAUGA